AUGGGAGGCCAUCUGACGUCCAUCCGUGAUGCUGCCGAGAAUCAAUUUGUCUUCGAACUUGCCGUCAAGUCACGGCGCGAAAGCGGAGCAAUGGAUGAUCCAAACCGACCAGCACCUACGCUGCUCCUGGGCGGUAAUCAGGGAAGCACUUGUGAUAGUGGGUGGGUUCAGGGGCCCGGGACCAAUAAAUGUUACCAGUUCCUGGAGGACAUGCUGACUUUCACUCAAGCCGACAAACAAUGCAAACAGAUUGGAGCCCGAAUAUUGACCAUCCAUUCCUCGGCUGAGAAUCGGUUUGCUCAUGACUUCACAACACGCACUGGCCGUGCAUUUGCGUGGUUGGACGCUUCCAGGACCACUAACGGAAAGUAUGACUUUGUCUGGAACGACAAUUCACCAAUGGACUACACGAAUUGGGACAACUUUUUGAUGGAUUUUGCGCGUGUUGAAGAGUAUUGCCUGCAGCUACGGCUUGACGGCCAGUGGAAUGAUUAUCCGUGUUGGACACCCGAGCGAACGCUUUGUCAGAAGGAGUUUGGCAUGGCCUGGGCCGACGGAUCUCCGAUGGUUUAUAAAAACUUCACCGAUGAUGCCUCUAGAGUCGCGACGACCGGCCGGGGUUGCCUUGGGAUGCAACUCGGCCCGGUCAACGGCAUCGGUUCCAACUUUGCCGGGAGGUGGAACGAGAACUCGUGUAACAAUGCUUUUGAUGGGGCGAUCUGCCGGAAGACUACCAAGCUU